AUGAGGCAUUUGGCUUUGGCUCUUUUGCUAGUGAUUUUGAUCCAUCAAGGAUGUUUUCAUUUCCAUGUUGAAGCAGGAGAUGGUUUCAUUAGAACUAGAGGAGUGCAUUUCUUGUUGAAUGGCAACCCUUACUAUGCAAAUGGCUUCAAUGCUUACUGGUUGAUGUAUACAGCUUCUGAUCCAUCUCAGAGAUCAAAGGUUUCAGCUGCAUUUCGUGAAGCAGCAAGCCAUGGUCUCACUGUGGCCAGAACUUGGGCUUUUAGUGAUGGUGGUUCCAGUGCUUUACAGUACUCCCCUGGAUCCUACAAUGAGCAGAUGUUUAAGGGGCUGGAUUUUGUUAUAGCUGAGGCUAGAAGAUAUGGGAUCAAACUUAUUCUGAGCUUCGCUAACAACUAUGAUAGCUUUGGAGGGAAGAAACAGUAUGUGGACUGGGCUAGAAGUCGAGGGCAGUAUCUGACAUCUGAUGAUGAUUUCUUUAGACACCCUGUUGUUAAGGGUUACUACAAGAACCAUAUAAAGACAGUUCUUUAUAGACAUAACAGCUUUACUGGAAUUCAUUACAAAGAUGAUCCAACAAUCAUGGCAUGGGAGCUUAUGAAUGAGCCUAGAUGCACGUCAGAUCCUUCUGGAAGGACUAUUCAGGCUUGGAUAACAGAAAUGGCUUCCUUUGUGAAGUCAAUUGACAGAAAUCACUUGCUGGAAGCUGGUUUAGAAGGAUUUUAUGGACCUUCAACUCCACAGAGGAACAGUCUCAAUCCUAGUUUGAAGAUAGGAACAGACUUCAUCGCAAAUAACCGCAUCCCCGGAAUCGAUUUUGCAACAGUCCAUGCAUAUCCUGACCAAUGGUUAUCCAGCUCUAACGAUCAAUACCAACUUUCUUUCCUGAACAACUGGCUCGACAGCCACAUACAAGAUGCACAAAACAUUCUUCGAAAACCAAUACUUAUUGCAGAAUUCGGAAAAUCUCGGAAAGACACUGGUUUCAGCACAUACCAGAGAGACCUACUGUUCAACACUGUGUACUACAAGAUAUACUCAUCAGCUAAAAGUGGAGGUGCAGCCGCUGGCGGCCUGUUCUGGCAACUUUUAACUGAAGGAAUGGACAGUUUUGGUGACGGUUAUGAGAUAAUCUUGGGGCAACCUUCCUCAACUGCAAAUGUUAUAGCUCAACAGGCACACAAGCUCUAUCAAAUUCGAAAGAUUUUCGCAAGGAUGAGAAACGUGGAGAGGUGGAAGAGGGCAAGAGCUGCUAGGGCUAGGAGGGGUUGGCAGGGUGGAAAUGGAGGCAAGCGUAUUGGAAACUGA